GAAUGCCAGCGUGCUACCAUAGAUUAUCAAUCUAGCCUGCUCCUCUGUUACUCUAAUGAUAUGGAAAGUGCUGGACAAGGAUUGAAAGUUUUUGAUUAUUUUUUUUCCGACGGCAAAAAGGGGAAGUUGUGGGGGUGGUGACAUUUGGCUUGUCUUAAAGUCAUGUAGCUCAUCUUUCUAUGCAAUCACAGGUUAAGAACGAACUACUUAGAGGAGCUUUCUGUUGCGUGGGACAUAGCCAAAUGAAGAUUAGUAUUUAUACCAAUCACUGAAGGAAGAGGCAUUUAUCUGGAAGGCAAAUUGUCAUUCUCUGGUUUCUGCUUACUGUGGUAUUGGAAAAUAUGAUGUACACACAGAAGAGAGAACUGAUGUUCUCCACAACCGUUCUAAAGUGGUUCCUCUGGCUUGGCCUCUUUGUGCUUCCAUUUGGUUGUUCAGACACUGUCCAGGUAACAGCCAAAGUAGGGGAUGUAGCCACACUCCCUUGCAACUACAAAAUGCAACAGCCCCUGGCAUCUUACAUGAUCUACUGGCAGAAAUAUGUAGGCCCUGCUAUAUCUGACCUGGUUGUGAUAGCUUACAGCAACGGCAAAGAAAACACCGUAAAAGACAUACAUUUCCAGAACAGGACAAAGAUGGAUGUGAAGACUCUUACACUUUGGAUCUCCAGUGUGAAUGUGUCCGAUGAAGGCAAAUAUAGGUGUAUCAUAUUACUGAAUGGAGAACACAAAGGUGAUAAAUGGGUACAUUUAUCAGUGUCAGCUGACUAUAGGAAGCCUGUCAUACAUGUAUCACAUAAUCCCUGUAGCCCAGCUCAGUUGACACUGACGUGUUCUUCUCAUGGAGGAUAUCCAGAGGCUACGAUGUCUUGGUUGGUCAAUAAUGAGACAGUGCUAUGUCCCUAUACUUCCAUAUAUGACAACGGCAGUGAAAGUUUUAACAUUACUGGCAACUUAAAGCAAAACGUUUCUGAAGAUAUCUUGGUCCAAUGUCGAAUACAUUAUUCAGGUUUACAAGUGUCCAGCGAACACCACUUGUCUAUAGGGAAGUGCCUCAAUCCAUCUCCACCGCCUCCUCCGCAUGGUUUCAUAACGGCUUCCAUUGUUAUCCUCGUUGUCCUUGCUCUCGUGAUAGUGCCGACAACAUUCCUCCGAUGCCGCCGCCGCAAGCACGUGACGUCUCACCAGCCAGUGGCAACAAGUGAAAUGACAUCGCAGCAGCUUUCCAACGGGACAUCGGAAGCAACAUGUGCCUGA